AUGGCAGGGAGUCGCUACACCUACGUCAAGGGCUUCGAGCUGCCGGACCCGCUCCUUCCCUCGACUUUCUUCGUGAUCCGGAUAGACGGCAAGGGCUUUCAUGGCUUCUCCAAGGCGCACAACUUUGACAAGCCCAAUGACUGGAACGCUCUUACGCUCAUGAACGAGGCAGCGAAGCGGGUUGUCGGCGGCAGGGAGUUGAACGGGGAGUGCGUGAUGGCUUUCGGCGAGAGCGACGAGUACAGCUUCGUCUUCAAGCGGAGUUGCAAACUGCACGGCCGAAGAUCCAGCAAACUCGUCACACUGGUUGUCUCUGUCUUCACGGCAGCCUACGUCGCACUCUGGCCGCAGUACUUCCCGAACUCACCCUUGAAGUUGGAGGAACUGCCUGUCUUCGACGGACGAGUCGUCCAGUACACGAACGAGGCGGAAGUGCGGGAUUAUCUGCGAUGGCGACAAGUCGACACGCACAUUAACAACAUGUACAACACGGUCUUCUGGGCGCUGGUUCUACAGGGCGGACGGACACCGGUCGAAGCUGAGCAGGAGUUGAGCGGCACGAUCUCGAGUCAGAAGCAGGAGAUCCUCUUCUCCCAGUUUGGCAUCAACUACAACAACCUCGAGCCGAUGUAUAGGAAGGGCAGUCUGGUCAUCUGGGAGGAAGGGCCGCCGACAGAGAACGCUCCAGCUUCGACGGACGAGCCGUCGUGUUCGCCUUCAACAUCUCCCUCUCCCGCCUCCGCUCAAUCCGCCAACUCUCCGUCAACCAACUCUACGCCAGCACCGGUCAAGAUGCGACAACGAAAGAAGCCUGCCAAGCCGAAGCGGAGACUGGUCGUCGUGCACGAAGACUUGAUCAGCGAUGCGUGGUGGGAGAGUGGGCGAGGGAAGGGCGUACUCGAAGGGUAG